CGAAGAUGAAGGUGGCGGUGAUCGGAGCUGGGAUCAACGGUCUGAUUUCUGCUUAUGUUGUAGCCAAAGCUGGAGUAGAGGUGGUGUUGUUUGAGAAGGAAGAGUACUUAGGCAGCCAUCAUUUUAGAACAAUAAAUUUUGAUGGCUUUGAUUUGGACCUCGGCAUCAUGCUCUUCAAUCCAGUAAGACAUCCAAAUACAAUGGCAUUAUUAGAGGAUUUAGGAGUUGAAGUGGAAGCAUCAAAUAUGUCAUUCUCGAUAAGUAUAGACAAAGGAAGAGGCUAUGAAUGGGGCACUCAAAAUGGUGUUUCAAGUCUUUUUGCGCAAAAAAAGAAUAUUCUUGACCCAUCUUUUUGGCAAAUGAUUCGAGAAAUAGCCAAAUUUAACGACGAAGUUACCGAAUAUCUUAAAGCAAUGGAAAACAAUGAAGGAUUGGAACAAAAUGAAACGUUGGGACAAUUUCUGAAGUCAAGGCACUAUUCCAAUGUUUUUCAAACUGCUUUCCUUCUUCCGAUGUGUUGUUCCAUUUGGUUAAACCCUAUAGAAAAAGUUGUCAACUUUUCAGCUGUCUCAGUGUUUUCGUAUCUUCAACAUCAUUUUCUGCUUCAGUUAUUUGGUCAUCCACAAUGGCUUACUGUCAAAUCGAGUUCGAAUGCUUAUCUAAAGAAGCUACAAAAAGCACUUGAGAGUGCAGGAUGUCAAAUAAGAACUUGCUCCAAAGUUAAUUCCAUCUCAACUACCAAAGAUGGAUGCAUUGUAAGCUAUGGGCUCCAUUGUGAAGAAAUAUUUGAUCAAUGUGUGAUAGCAACUGAUGCCUAUGAUGCAUUAAGCAUAUUAGGAAAUGAAGCAACACAGAAAGAAACAAGAGUACUUGGGGCUUUCCAUUACGUUUUUAGUGAUAUGUUUCUUCACCGUGACAAAAAUUUCAUGCCCCAAAACCUAAACGCAUGGAGUGCAUGGAACUUUCUUGGAAACAAUACAAAUAAUUAUGAAGUGUGUUUGACAUAUUGGAUUAAUGUAAUUCAGAAUAAUCUAGGAGAAAAGAGUCCUUUUUUUGUAACUAUUAAUCCAGAACAAGAGCCAAGAGACAUCUUGUUUAAAUCCUCAAUUGGCCAUCCAAUUCCAUCUCUUAGUGCAUUCAAAGCCUCAAACGAGCUUGAUAGUAUUCAAGGCAACAGACAUGUUUGGUUUUGUGGAUCAUAUUUAGGUUCUGGCUCACACGAAGAUGGGUUAAAGGCCGGUACCAUAGUAGCACAAAAACUUCUUGGAAAAAAUCUCUCUCUUUUGAGUAGUAAUCCAAAUCAUAUGGCGCCUUCUUUGGUAGAAACCGGAGCACGUUAUCUAGUCACUAGAUUUUUUGCACGAUAUAUAACUAUCGGAUCCUUAACUAUAAUGGAGGAAGGUGGUAGAAUAUUUACCUUUAAUGGAAUUGAUCACAAAUUCCUUCCAAAUGUUGUUUUGAAAGUUCACAACCCCAAUUUUUAUUGGAAGAUUAUGACAAGAGCUGAUAUAGGGCUUGCAGAUGCAUAUAUUGAUGCAGAUUUUUCUUUUGUCGAUAAGAACGAAGGUCUUCUUAAUCUUGUUCAGAUUCUCAUAGCUAAUAGAGAUGCAAACUCUUCGAUUGCAAAACUAAAUAAGAAAAGGGGAUGGUGGACACCUCCAUUAUUCACAGCUAGUAUUGCCUAUGCAAAGUAUUUCUUUCGACAUACUUUAAGACAAAAUACUAUUACUCAAGCUCGAAGAAAUAUCUCUCAACACUAUGAUUUGAGCAAUGAGCUAUUUUCUCUUUUCUUGGAUGACACAAUGACAUACUCAUGCGCUAUCUUUAAGAGGGAAGAUGAAGAUUUGAGGGUUGCACAACUUAGAAAAAUUUCUCUUCUUAUAGAAAAGGCAAAAAUUGAUAAGAACCAUCAUGUCCUAGACAUUGGGUGUGGCUGGGGAAGCCUUGCUAUUGAACUUGUCAAACAAACUGGAUGUCACUGUACCGCCAUUACUUUGUCUAAAGAACAACUAAAAUAUGCUGAACAGAAAGUCAAAGUUCUUGGCCUUCAGGAUAACAUCAAAUUUCAUCUUUGUGAUUAUCGACAAUUGCCAAAUACUCACAAAUACGAUAGAAUUAUAUCAUGCGGGAUGCUGGAAUCUGUUGGACACGAAUUUAUGGAAGAUUUUUUUGGUUCAUGUGAAUCCGUAUUAGUAGAAAAUGGUCUUCUAGUUCUACAGUUCAUAUCGAUGCCGGAUGAUCGUUAUGAUGAGCAUCGACUAAGUUCAGAUUUUGUGAGGGAAUAUAUAUUUCCAGGAGGAUGUCUUCCAUCACUAAGUAGGGUAACAACUGCCAUGGCUAAAGCAUCUAGAUUUUGUGUGGAACACUUGGAAAAUAUUGGUAUUCAUUACUAUCAAACAUUGAGGUGUUGGAGAAAGAAUUUUGAAAUGAAUAAGAGGAAGAUACUUGAACUCGGUUUUGAUGAAAGUUUUAUAAGGACUUGGGAAUAUUAUUUUGAUUAUUGUGCUGCUGGUUUUAAAUCUCGCAUUAUCGGAGAUUAUCAGAUAGUAUUUUCAAGGGCUGGUAAUGUUACAACAUUCAACAAUCCAUACAAAGGAAUACCUUCAGCAAAUUCACUUUCUUAAUUUACUCCUCAGUACAUUAUAAUAAUCUCUCACAAACUUCAAGUGCUACAAACAUUUCUCCCUUUUUAUAUAUUAAAAUUAAACUUUGGCUAA